CUCCAGACAGCUGCACGCUUGAACCGUUGCAGCGUGAAAAAGACCGCUGAUCGAAGUGCCAUUUGUUCUUGGUCUCGUUGAGCUAAAAUUCAUAAAACAUGGCCUUAAUACCGUUCGUCGCAACAGUCGUUAUCUCUUCCUUUCUUUUUAUCGGGGCUCAAGAAACGAAUGACUGCACUGACCCGAGAGGCCGGUUAGCAUGGAAGGCAUUGCAGUCCUCCGAUAAAGGGCACAUGCUGUACACCAGCUUUGAUGCGUCUGUCAUUGUGUGCACUUACGUAACGCAGAACAGUGAAGACAGCAGUACGAUGUCCGUACGUGGGAAAUUCAUAUACCAAAUCAACGACCUUCCUGUCGUCUACAAUGAUCCUAUUACCACGAAGGUUGAAAACUGCGAGGGCCUCAUAGCGGUAUAUAACGAGACAAGUGGAGAAAAGGUAUCACAGUCCGUGAUUUUGUACUCAAAUUUUGAAACCUGCACCAUCUUCUUUAAUAUAGAACAACAAGAAUGCCAGCUGUGGGCGUACGAAAACCCUACGAAUGAUGUUAUCCAAGAGUGCCUUGGUACUUACAAGACGUUAUGCGACGGAGAAAUAUACGAGGUUUACAACGCAACAUGCCUGACGUGAAGUCCACCUUCUGAAAAAAUAUUGGCACCUAAUAUCAUUUUUUGUAUAUUUUUGUCUAUAUACUUAAUAAUAGGAACAAAACAUGCCACCAUUUUUGUGUAUACCUGACUUCAAACCAAAGGCACCUCCACACCUUACUAUCACUUUCUUGAUAAUUAAUAAAAUACAUUCUUCGAAACACCUUACUGGGAGUUGAAAACGAUGGCCUGCUGUGAUUAGGUUUCAGAAGAUUUCGUACGAAAGAAGAACUGGCCGUUAUGAGGUUAUAUAUAGCCUAUAUAAGUUUCCAAGAUAAAAUAGGAACUUAACUUCCACUUCUUCAGUACUGAACCAAAAUAAACUUCUUUGGAU